AUGGGAGGCUCACUAUCACGCAUCUGGUCCCUUCUCUGGUCCAAGAAGGAAAUCCGAAUCCUCAUUCUGGGACUUAUCGGCGAGGUCGUCACCACGAUACCCACAAUCGGUUUCAAUGUCGAAUCGGUCACAUAUAAGAAUCUGAAUCUGAACGUUUGGGACCUCGGUGGUCAAACCUCUAUUCGCCCAUAUUGGCGAUGCUACUAUGCCAACACCGCCGCAGUGGUCUUCGUCAUCGACUCCACAGAUAUCGAGCGGCUGGGGACCGCGGCAGAUGAACUGGCAGCUAUGCUGAGUGAGGAAGAACUCUCCGAUGCGGCGUUGCUGGUGUUUGCCAAUAAACAGGACCAACCCGGUGCCAAGGGUGCUGGCGAGAUUUCAGAGGCUUUGAAGCUUGGAGAGCUGCGGGACCGAAACUGGAGCAUUGUCGCUUGCUCGGCCAUUGAUGGAAAGGGUAUCAACGAAGGAAUGGAUUGGCUAGUGUUCUGCAUACUUUGCUUAUCUUCUGAAGUUGGACCCCGCAUCUGCUAUCACCUUAACAGCAGAACUUCACCUCUUGGAUUCAUCUUGGAAUAA